UAUCCAUAUCAACUUUUAUGGUGGACACGUUGGACUACAAGAUUUCUAACUGGAUGAUCAUGGCCUGCCUUCUCCGUACGUCCGUCUUUCAGACGUUAGUCCAUCAUUCGUCUUUAACUGACCUACUGGAAGAGCCCAAUCAGAAUGGUGUUAAAUGACGAAUCACGAAUUGAAGCACAUUUCACAAGUCCAAUGGCUGAAGGGUUGUUCCAAGCGCUCACUCCCACCACCCGCCUUUCGAGUACUUCUUCUAGUCAAUUACAAGUUCUGUCUCCGUUGAAACCAAAAACGCCCAAUAUUGGCUUCCUUUAUCCUUGUUAUAAGCACAUACGGUCUCAAAGUAUCAAGCUUGAAGUAGCCCAAUGUCUCGAACUCUCUGCUGCUGCAAUUUGUGAACCGUACUCUCCUCAGCAAGACUGGCCUCGGCUCAUACAAAGCUCAAUUGAGGCGAAAGAUCUUAUGCUGGCUCGUGCAAUUCAUGGUUCCUUAAUAAAAUUUAAUUGUGAAGAUGACCUUUUUGUGCAUAACAACCUUAUAAAUGUUUACUCAAAAUUCAAUAAAAUGGCCGAUGCACAGCGGGUGUUUGAUGGAAUGCUUGUUAGGAACAAAGUUUCUUGGACUACUCUGAUGAAGGGAUAUUUGAAGAAUGGUGAUUUCGAAUCUUUUUUUCAUAUCGGGCGUGAUAUGUAUAAGCUUGGAGAGAAGUUCAACGAGCACACUUGCUCAGUAGUCCUGCAGGCAUGUAACUCUCCUGAAGAUUGUAUUCAUGGGGAGCAAGUUCAUGCUUUUAUUAUAAAAAAUGGGUUUGAGGAGAACGUUGUUGUGGCGACUUCUUUGGUUUCUAUGUACUCAAAAAGUGGCUGCUUGGAAAAUGCAGAGAAGGUGUUCGAUAACUUAUCUGCUAAAGAUGUCCAGUGCAUAAAUUAUAUGAUUCUGGAAUAUGGCAAGGCAGGUUUUGGGAGCAAGGCAUUUCUGGCCUUUGUGGAUCUGCUAAACGAUGGAUUGAAGCCAAGCGAUUAUACAUUUACAAAUACGAUCAGUGCCAGUGAUUCAAGCAUAGGACUCUAUGAAGGGAAGCAACUACACGGGCUAGCUGUGAAGUAUGGUUACAUGGGUGAAACACCUCUUGGAAAUGCUCUGAUUACAAUGUAUGGGCAGCAUGGGUUGGUCAGAGAAGCUGAAAAAAUGUUUGUUGAGCUGAACGCGAGGUCUUUGAUCUCCUGGUCCGCAAUUCUUUCAGUUUUUGUUAAGAAUCGCUAUACUAAGAAAGCCGUUAAAUUAUUCUUAGAUAUGCUUGAGAUUGGAGCGUAUGUUGACUCUGUUGUCCUCUGUAUUAUACUGGAUGGAUGUUCAGAAUGCAAUAAUUUGGAAUCUGGGCUUCAAAUCCAUGGACUCACGGUAAAGCUUGGUCAUGCCUCCGAAGUAAAUAUUGGGACCGCUUUAAUUGAUCUGUAUGCUAAAUGUGGGUGCUUUCAAUAUGCAAGAGUGGUUUUUGACAGACUCCCAAGUAAAACCGUUGCUUCAUUUAAUGCAAUCUUAGUUGGAUAUUUAAAUUCCAAUUUUGAGAAUGAUGAAGAUCCUAUGGUCUUGUUACACAAUUUGAGACUCAAUGAUGUGAGGCCGGAUUGGGUAACUUUUUCACGGCUCCUUAGCUUGUAUGCUGAUCAAGCUUGCUUAGUUGCAGGGAAGAGUCUUCAUGCUUACUCCAUUAAGACGGGAAUUGAAGCAGAGUCUGCUGUAGGUAAUGCUGUGAUUACCAUGUAUGCUAAAUGUGGUAGCAUUCAGGAUGCUUAUCAAAUAUUCAGUAAUAUGAGCCAUGAUCAUGUGACAUGGAACGCCAUAAUAUCUGCAUAUUCCCUUCAAGGUGAUGGAAACAAAGCGCUUCUUUUGUUUGAGCAUAUGAAGGAAGAAGGCUUUCCUCCAGAUGAGAUUACAAUAUUGUCUGUCCUUCAAGCAUCCAGUUAUUCAGGUUUAUGGGGAAAUGGGAUAUGCUUGUUCGAUGAAAUGGAAUCCAAGUAUGGAAUUAAGCCUGUAAUUGAGCACUUUGCUUGCAUGGUAGAUCUUUUUGGACGAGCAGGAAAACUAGCCAAGGCCAUGGAUAUUAUCAGAGAGAGCCCAUUUGCAGACUCACCUUUGCUUUGGAGGACUUUAGUGAACGCCUGUAAACAGUGUGGUGAUUUACAUAUUGGCAUGUCAGCUUCAAAGAAAUUGCUUGAUUUGGCACCCAAUGAAGCCUCCUCUUACAUUCUUAUUUCAAAUAUGUAUGCUGAAGGCGGAAUGUUGGAAGAGGCUGCAAAGGUUAGAACAGCCAUGAAUGACCUGAAGCUGACUAAGGAAACAGGUUCCAGCUGGAUUGAGAUGGACUCUGAGAUUCACUAUUUUAUAGCGAGUGACAGAGAGCACCCAGAAAGCAGAGAAAUUUAUGCAAUUCUGGAUCUUUUAAGAGGUGAGAUUGCUUGGAGCUGUAAUCACAGUAAUAAUCUCCAACUGCUUUCAGAUUGCUUAUAACAUAAUAAUAUCACUAGAGUUGCUUUAGUGUGUGUGUGGAUAAUUCUCUAACUUAAA